UCGAAAACGCCGCAUCGAGCAUGGUCAAGAUCAUCGUGACGGGGUUCGGCAAGUUUGGCAAUAUCGUCGACAACCCGACGACCAAGUUGGUAGAACUGCUGAAGGACGAUCCAAACGUCCACGAGACCCACGUGCUGGAAGUCUCUGCAGACGGAGUCCGCGCUGCCUUGGAGCCGAUGUGGCAACACGCAGCAGAGAAUGCGGACGAGCCCACGGUCUUCCUUCAUAUGGGUGUGAAUGCUGGAGGCAAGCAAAUCGACUUGGAGCAAUUCGGGUACAACUUGGCCAACUUUGGCAUCCCGGACGAACGAGGAUGGGUUGCGAACAACGAAACUAUCACGGAAAAUGAAGCCGCGUCCCUGGAGACGUCGCUUCCUUUGGAAAAGCUCCUCGCGCACUGCACGGAACAGGGCUGCAAGAUGGCGAUCUCGAACGACCCCGGUCGCUACAUUUGCAAUUACACGUACUUCCUGUCUCUUUCCCAAACAAAGGGUCGUCCCAACCACUACGCGUUGUUCGUCCACGUGCCUUCGUUCACCGUGCAGCCCCAAGAAGAACAGCUCCACGCUGUUAAGACUCUCGUCGCCGCUAUGCAUGCAACUUUGUAAUCUUCAUAGAGUGCGUGAAUUCGCGAAGGCGGUGUCGUUUAUUGGUUACCCUUCCACUCUGUUAAAAUCGAGUUGCGCCA